UCCUUUAGCUUUACGGAAACACACGCACAGCGUUCUUCGCAGUGAGAGGGUUAAGACAGGAAGGAAAUGGGGAGAGACAGACACACAGAAAGAGACUGAGAGAAAGAGACAGAGGGGAAAACAGCAGAUUAGGGUCACUGGGGUUUUCCACUUAUGUAGGAUCAGACAGACAUGAGAAGUAGGUAGGGCAGAAAGAGGAGGGGAAACAUAACUGCAGUCACAGGCCGUUCAGACAGCACAAAGAAAGCAGAGAGGGAGACAGAUUGUACCUGAGUGAUGGUCUUUGAGUUGAAUUAAAUUGCUGUCAUUUCAAAGGUUAGGCACAGGCUUAGAGGAAGAGUGUACAGGAAGACGGUCAAAGAUACUUUAAAUCAAAGGUGGAGGGCUGUUAUCGAAUGGGCGACAAAUGGCUAAAUUGAAUUGCUCAAAAGUGGAGGAGUACCCCAGUUCAGAUGGGACACGAUGCUGUGAUCGCUGCGCUCCAGGACAGUACAAGCAAGCUGAGUGUGACAGCACAAAGAGGACCGUCUGUGCCAAAUGUGAAGAUCGGUUUUACACAAACACCAAAAAUCACUUGCCUAAAUGUCAACCCUGCACAAGCUGCAAUUCCAAUAACAAGCAAAAGGAAUUCAAGAAGUGUACGGCUCAGGAGGACACAGUGUGUGAGUGUGUGGCUGGUUUCUACUGUACAGAUGAUCAGUGUACCCACUGCCUGGGACUGACAAAAUGCCAUGUGGGUAAAGGGGUCAUGGUUCAAGCCACUCGCACAAAAGACACAGUCUGUGCUCCAUGUGUAAACGGGACCUACAGCAACGUAACAGAUGACCACUCGCCCUGCCGAAUUCAUACCAG